CAGUCACCAGUCACCUGUCCCGUCUUCUCUUUUAAGCUUGGCAAAAAUGGCGUCGCCAUCGAUGACCAUGACCAUAACCACCUCCAUAGCUACCCACCAUCACAAAUCUUUCUCUGUCCAAUCUCCUUCUUCUGCUUUUUUUCCUUUCAAAUUCUCUCCAUUCGUUCCAGGUUCUUCGACAACAACCAGGAUCAUGAUGUCUAUUAAUCAAUCACAUCCUCCACUUCCUGAUGAUCAUAUAAUUGUGGGUUGUGGGGGUGCAUCUAUGGACUAUCUGGUUUUGGUGGAUGGCUUUCCUAAGCCUGAUGAGAAGAUCAAAGGCACUUCCUCCAAGGUACAAGGGGGUGGUAAUGUUAGUAAUGCGUUGACUUGUGCUGCUCGUUUGGGUUUAAGACCAAGAAUAAUUGCCAAGGUUGCUGAAGAUGCUGAAGGAAGAGGCAUGCUAGAAGAGCUUGAAGCUGAUGGUGUGGAUACUUCUUUUGUAGUGGUUUCUAAGGAAGGUCGUUCAAUGUACAGUUAUGUCAUUGUUGACAGCCAAAUGAAAACCCGAACUGCUAUUUACUAUCCAGGAUAUCCUCCCAUGAUGCCUGCAGACUUUUCAAGCACAAGUUUAUCAUCUGCUUUAGAUGGGGCAAGGCUUGUCUAUUUUGAUGGACUCUCACUGAAAACGGCUUUAGUUAUUGCAGAAGAGGCAUGUUGUAGAAAUAUACCAAUUCUGGUUGAUGCAGAAAUGGGAGAGGAAGGGUUUGACAAACUUUUGAAUAUGGCGAACUAUGCUGUUUGUUCAGCAAAAUUUCCUCAGGCCUGGACAAAGGCACCAUCUAUGCCAAGUGCACUUGUUUCUAUGUUAAUGAGAUUGCCAAAGUUGAAAUUUGUGAUUGUUACUCUUGGUGAAGAGGGGUGCAUAAUGCUGCUGAGAAGUCAUGACAAUGAUACUCAGUUAGAAGAGAUGAAUGUGGACCAAUGUUUAGCUUCAUUAAACCAGAGGAAAGACAAAUAUGCAGCCAAUCCAACUUGUGUUUCAUCGCCAAUUUUGAAGCUAGAAGCCCCUGGAAUUGGAACUCUUAGCGGAAGAUUGCUUGUGGGAAUUGCUGAGAGGAUACCCCACUUGGAGCUAGUUGAUACAACCGGUGCUGGUGACGCCUUCAUAGGAGCUGUUCUUUAUGCUCUGUGUACGGGUAUGCCACCAGAGAAAAUGUUGCCAUUUGCUGCUCGAGUGGUGAGUGACACUUUCAUCAGCCCAUACAGGGAACUUCGUUUAGGCCGCUGGUUGUUGCCGAGCAUUUGGAGCUCGUACAGGUCUUCCAAAUCACACAGAUCCGCACUUGCAACUCUACCUGGAUCAGAAUCAUAAUACAUCAUCAGCAUGAAGUAUGUGGCUUGUCAAUUCUCCAUCGCAGGAGAUUUCUCCGCACCUUUUGGUAAUUGUUGCUUGAGAAACUGCAGCUCAUUAUCCUUGCUAAAUGUUGUAUAAUUGUUUCAUGUCGAGGUGAUGAAUCGUUCAAAACUUCGUUAAUAGAUUCGUUUUGGGUGCUUGAUUACCAAUUCCAGGUCGGUAUCUGAUCCUUGGUAGCUUGACAGUUUCAUGGGUGGUGGUGCUCCUUGUUCUGUAUUUUUGAAGAUAUUGAGUGCGUUUGUGUCAUGUAAGGCUAAAAAUUUAAAAGACUUAUGAAAUUUUCGGACUUAUAAGUCGAAACGAUAUAUUUGUUUGUACUUACAACUUACGACAUACAACUAAUAAAAGGUCUAGUUGAUCUCACUUAGUCGCUUUGCAUAUUUGUAGGGUCAUCGACUUUUGAACUCUUAGGGGUGUUUGGUUUGAUUUUUUUUUAAAAAAAAAUUUAAAAUCGAGAUUUUAAAUAAUUUGACUUGAAAAAUUGUAAUGUUAUUCAAAACAUUUUUUAGAAUACUAACUCAAAUUGAUUUAAAAAUUGACGAAAAGUAAUAUGUUAUAAUUCGAAAAUAGUGAGGUAGAACUUGAGACUCGUGUCGCCACCUUUUCAUUGUGUCAUUACUCCUUUUGACUUUUUUACCUUUAGAAUUAUCUCUCUUAAAUAGACUAUAUAUGCUUAAUCUCAACUACUCUUAUUUGUAUAUUAAAGCAAUAUGAAAGGUAAUUCAACAUCGAUUGUGUAGUGAUAACUAAUUUUAUGCUACAUUUCGGAAAUUUUCUUAAAUUUAGUGAUUAAUUAAAGGUUAUAUCUUCAAGUACCUACUUCUUAGAUGUCCGAAGGCGGGAGGUAUAUCUAAUGUCAUUGUACCUAACCAAGGGUCAAGGCCUACACAAAACGUGCAACUCUACUUAGGUACAUUCGCAUAUUUUGUGCGACUACACAUAUACUUAGGUAGAGUCGUAUAAAUCGUAUAAUCGUAUCUAGGUGCAGACGUGCAGUCGCACAAAACAACUUAAAUAUAAUCACAUAUUUUGUACGAUUUGACAUUUAUUUAGAAAUUCACGUUAAUCAAGCAUCGAAUUUGAUUGAAUUAAGAAAAAUCAAUGCUUUUUUAAGGUUAGACAAAAUUAAAAAUAUUAUGAAAAACAUUUCGACAAGAGUGGGUUAAAAGUUUACAUGUAGGUGGUGAAAGGGAUUUAUCAUUGCCAGACUUACUACACAAGUCACAGGCUCACAGCA